CCUGCCGGUGCCCGCUCCCGCCGGUGACCGGUGCCCGCUCCUGCCGGUGCCCGCCGCCGCCGCCGCCUCACGGCGUGGCCCCCGCCAUGAGCGGCGGGGCCGGCGGGCCCAGCGGGCCCAGCCGCCGGAGCCCGCCGCCCGCUGAGGGCGAGCCCGCCGCCAGCCCCUCGGAGGGCUCGCCGCUCUCCCUCGCGUCCCGCUGCAGCUCCCCGGGCCGGGAGGAGGAGGAGGAGGAGGAGGAGCGGGCGGCGGCCUCCCGGAGCCCGCCGGGCCAUAGGAGGGCUGAAAUAGCAGGGGGGAGAAAAGUGUCACCUUUGAAAGAUAACCUUUCACCAUGGGAAGAGUGGUUCAUUGGCAAAGAGAAGGAGCUGCGUGCCCGCUUACAGGCUAGAGCUGCAGAGGAAAUGAAUAAACAGCUUGAGGAAAUGAAGCAAAAUCAAGAAUGUGAACGAAGAAAAAGGAUAGCUGAAGAGAAACACAAGGAAUGGGUCCAAAAAAAGAGAGAAGAGGAAAGAAGAGAAAGGAAACGAAAGCUGAGCAAAGAAAUGGCAGAAAAAGCCACAAGGGAACUAGAAAAAAUGCAGUUAAAAGAAAAGGCUGAUGAAAAGUAUAAAGAGUGGUUAGAGAAGAAGAGAGCUGAAGAGGCAGAAAAGAAGAAAAAAGAGAAGGAAAAAGAAAAAGAACGGGAGGCUGAGCUACAGGAGAAGAGAACAAGAUCGGAGAAAGUCUUUAAGGAAUGGCUGCAAAAUGCUCGAAACAAACCACAACCUCCUUUAAAUGGUUAUGGUUUCCCACAUGGGAGGUCUACAGGGAGUGCUUCUAGAAAUUUGUAUCCAGCUCCAGCAUAUUGUAACCCCAUUCCUUGGAAGCCAGUACAUGUGCCUCCCCCAAAAGAAGACAGAGUUCUUGCCAUGAAGAAGAGUCAGAGACCUGUAUCUUGUCAGCCACAUGGAUCUUUACCAGUGGUGAUUUCUAAGCCCAGGAGUAACCCUUGUAUUGGAUCCCUGUGCAGAAAGAAGUUAUAGUCCAGAAAAAGUUCUUACAAUCUCGACCAAAUUUGAACCAUAAAUGUGAAGUUCUGUGUACUUGUAUGUCCAGUGCAGAUUGCUUUGUGCCUUUCUUUUUUUUUUUUUCAUUUUUGUCAGCAGGUUUUGUGUUUACUGCUAGUUGACCAAUCAGGUUUUUAUGUUUUUUCUAUAUUGCAUUUUAGUUAAAAAAAAAGGAAAAGAUAAAUUGUAAUGGGACUGUACCUCAGUGCCAAUAAAAUGCGUAGGAUUGUUUCUUC